GGAAAACGGCAGCCGCCGAGAAGCGUUUUGAACAUGGCCGCUCGUUAGAUGCACGUAUCGUGCCUUUGUGCGAUUUUUACGCGAUUUCGUGAGUUAAAAGUGUUCGGUUUGUGGAUAUUUCAGCUGAUUAUUGAGAACAUGGACCUUUUACGAAUAUUAAACCGAUUCAACUAAAUAAUGCCUUUAAACAAUGGUAUCAAAACUCCUCAAUUCAGAGAGGAACUCCUUAUCGAAAAUAUUACCAGUGUUCUUCCUGUGGAUUAUCCACACCCAAGCUUAUUUAUUAUUAAUCGAUGAAACGCAACAACCUGGUGAAAUAGUAUUUAACUCAUCCGUUUACAAACUUGGUUCCGAUCGAUUAUAUCACAUCAACGACGAUCGUUCGGCACCGUUUGUACGGAAUUUAUUGGAAGUCGAUGAAAAGAAUGGACAGGUAUCAUUACUUAAAAGCGUCGAAUGCGAUUCGCCUUAUUACCCAAAUUUAUUUACAUUGUACAUCGAUUCAACAUCGAAUCGUAUAAGAUCUAUAGAUUACUACAGUUUACCAUUAAGAGUGAUAAUAAUCGGGAACGGUUGCGAGAGACGGCGACGGCGAAGUUAUGAUGAUGAAUUUAAUAUUUUUCAAAAAUAUCCAAGUGUAAAUAAUAGAAUAGUUGAAGCAAGAAAAUGGAUCUCAGAAACUUACGCUUCAUUCGCCAUACCAACAUCGGACCGAUGGCAAAAAAUUUGUUUGAAACGAUCGCAAUUUAUCAAUUCAAUAAAAGCUUUUAUACCGGAAUCGAUUAUUCAUUCUUGUACGAUCGAUUAUCAUCAUGUUAGUGAUCGAAGGUUUUCGAUUGAAAUGAAACAAGCCGAUUUAGUUGCAACGGAUGACGUUUGUAUAUCGGAAUCGAUUUGGAAAGUUAUUAUUACGUUUUACACGAAAUGCGACGAUAUUCGAGUUUUAGAUGGGGAACAUCGUUUAAAAAUCGUUUAUCAUCACCAAAUUUUUAAUGACACAGAUAUCGCAAAACGAGUUCGUCGUGAAUUACACAAUCAAUCGCCAUUUUUUGAAGAACAUUUGUAUAUCGUUGGUGUACUUGAAGAAUGCGAACCCGGCAUAGAUGUCACAACAGUUAAAGCUCGAGAUCCCGAAAACAGCCCAGUAACGUACUCGAUGACCAGUUUAUUAGAUUCCAGAACCCAAUCUAUGUUUGAAAUAAAUCCAAAAACAGGGUUGGUUAAAACGAAGGUAAAAUUAGAUCGGGAAUUGGUUGACGUUCAUUAUUUUAAAUUAUCGGCGGUUGAUGAUAUUUUUCCACCAAGAUCUGGAACCGCCAUGCUUCAAAUAAACGUAGUCGAUGUGAACGAUCAUUCUCCGAUAUUCGAGAAUAACGAGUACGAAGCUUCAAUUCGGGAAGGAGUUAGCGUUGGUUCUAAUGUGAUUACAUUAAAAGCAACGGAUAAGGAUUCGGGGCCAAACGCGCAAGUUGAGUAUUCAAUUAAAUCUGUUAGCGGAGGUGGAUUAUCGAAUGAAGAUGAUGAUAAACGUGCUUUUAAAAUCGACGCUAAAAGCGGGGUUAUUACAACAAGGACAUUACUUGAUCGUGAAACUACAGAAGUUUAUACUUUAAUCGUUGAAGCUACUGAUCAAGCUACACCGGCAACAGCAAGAAGAUCUUCAAGUUCUACUGUUGUUAUAAAAAUUUUGGAUGAUAACGAUAAUUAUCCACAAUUUUCUGAACGAGGAUAUACCGUUAAUGUGAAAGAAGAUGUUUCUUGGAAUAAAAAUCCCAUUGUAGCUCAAAUAAAAGCCACUGAUGCAGAUCAAGGUAACAACGCUGCAAUACGUUUCGCAAUAAUUGGCGGUAACACCCAAAGCCAAUUUUCAAUCGAUAGUUCAACGGGUGAAGUAUCAUUAGUAAAACCACUCGAUUACGAAACAUUGCGUAGUUAUCGCUUGGUAAUUCGUGCUCAAGACGGCGGGAGUCCAGUUCGUUCAAACACCACCCAACUUUUAAUCAACGUUAAAGACGUCAACGAUAACGCGCCGAGGUUUUAUACAUCGCUAUUUCAAGAGAGUGUCUCUGAAAAUGUCGCGUUAGGUUAUAGUAUAGUUCGAGUUCAAGCUUAUGAUGCUGAUGAAGGACCCAACGCUGAAAUUAAAUACACCGUUGGUGCGCGAGAUUCAACUGGAGGUAGCACCGACGAUAUUCCAUUAGCUGUUGAUUCGCAAUCAGGAUGGAUUUACACGACUAAAGAGUUAGAUCGAGAAGAACAAUCAAAAUAUAUGUUUCAUGUUAUAGCCACCGAUCAAGGUGUACCGCCGCAAAGUGCCACAGCAAACGUGAUAAUUAUCGUUCAAGAUAUUAACGAUAAUAAUCCGGUUUUUGAACCAAAAAUUUAUGAAGCAGUCGUAGCUGAAGAUGAUACUCCAGGAAAACCGGUCGCUUCUGUAAUAGCCACAGACGCCGACGAAGAUGCCCGGUUGCAUUACGAGAUAACGAAUGGUAAUAUUAGAGGGCGUUUUGCAAUUACAUUACAAAAUGGGAAAGGAUUAAUUACGAUCGCUCAACCGCUUGAUUACAAACAAGAAAAGCGAUAUAUUUUAACAGUAUCCGCAUCGGAUUCCGGUGGAAGAACCGACACCGCCACGGUUUAUGUUAACGUUUCAGACGCGAAUAAUUUCGCCCCCGUUUUUGAGAUUGCCCCUUAUAUCGGGAGUGUUUAUGAAGAUGCACCAAUUGGGACAACAGUUUUAGUCGUUACCGCUACUGAUAACGAUGUGGGUUUAAACGCACAAAUUACUUUUACACUUGGCGAAGAGAAUGAAAAUUCCGAUUUUGUGAUUAAUCCCCAAACGGGGGCUAUUUUAACGAAUAAAAAGUUAGAUAGGGAAUCACACACCGGUUAUUUAUUAACGGUGACAGCUAAAGAUGGAGGAAACCCUCCACUUUCAGAUACAACCGAUGUUGAAAUAAACAUAUCAGACGUAAAUGAUAAUUACCCGAUUUUUAAACAACCGAUGUACUCGGGAUCGAUUAUGGAAGAUGCUUUAAUCGGAACUUCCGUUGUUCAAGUUUCCGCAACGGAUCUUGAUACUGGUUUUAAUGGUCGGAUAAGAUACACUUUGAGCGAUAAAGAUUUAGAGGAUGGUUCGUUUGUGAUUGACCCAACAAGUGGGGUUAUUCGAACUAAUAAAGGUUUGGAUCGGGAAUCCGUAGCCGUUUAUGAAUUGGAAGCGUACGCCAUUGAUAGAGGAACCCCGGUUUUAAGCAGUUCGGUUCCUGUUCAUAUUCGAAUUGAGGAUAUAAACGAUUCCCCCCCUGCCUUCGAUUCGGAUAAAAUCACCUUAUACAUCAACGAAAACAGCCCGAUUGGAUCAAAAGUGGGGGAUAUCCACGCAAAAGAUCCCGACGAAGGUGUUAACGCCAUCAUUCAAUAUUCGAUAAUCGGUGGGGAAGAUUCACAAAGUUUCUCGUUGGUUACUCGACCGGGAUCAGAAAAAGCUGAACUUUUAACAAUGACCGAACUUGAUUAUGAGAGUAAUCGGAAGAAAUUUGAUUUAAUUGUGAGGGCGUCAAGUCCCCCAUUACGGUCUGAUGUACACGUUGAAGUUGUUGUAAUGGAUGUUAACGAUAACGCACCAGUUUUGAAAGAUUUUCAUAUUAUUUUUAAUAAUUUUCGUGAUUGUUUUCCAACGGGGCCGAUUGGAAAAAUUCCAGCCACUGAUGCUGAUGUAACCGAUAAAUUACAUUACAGGAUAUUAUCGGGAAAUAACGCCAAUUUAGUUUUGUUGAAUGAAACGACGGGGCAAUUACAUUUAAGCCCCCAAUUAAACACGAACGUCCCAAAAAUCGCGUCGAUGGAAGUAUCAGUAGGCGACGGAAAAAACUUUGUAAAAGCAAUCAUGCAAUUAACAGUCAGAUUAAUAACUGAAGAUAUGUUGUUUAAUUCAGUAACAGUUCGAUUAGAUGAUAUGCAUAAAGAAGAAUUUUUAUCGUCGUUAUUGCAGUUUUUUAUUGACGGUUUAGCGGCGAUUAUACCUUGCCCGAAAGAAAACGUCUUUUUAUUUAGUAUUCAAGAUGACACCGAUGUGAAACAAAAAAUUUUAAACGUUAGCUUUUCGGUGAGAAGGCCCGAUUUGCCCAAAGAAGAAUUUUAUUCGCCUCAAUUUUUACAAGAAAAAGUUUAUUUGAAUCGAGCUGUUUUAGGAAAACUUUCAUCGUCUACAGUUUUACCAUUCGAUGAUAAUUUAUGUGUUAGAGAACCAUGUUUAAAUUUCGAGGAGUGUUUAACCGUGUUAAAAUUUGGAAACGCAUCGGACUUCAUCACUAGUAGCACGGUUUUAUUCCGACCUAUUUAUCCAGUUAGCACAUUUACUUGUCAAUGUCCGGUUGGUUUUACGGGAUCUCGAGAACAUUAUUUAUGCGACACUGAAGUCAAUUUGUGCUAUUCAACACCUUGUCAGAAUAAUGGAACUUGUCGGAUCCGCGAAGGGGGUUAUACUUGUAUUUGUCAAGAUGGUUACACGGGAUUAAAUUGCGAAAUUAAGUUGGAAACCGAUAAUUGUAAACCGAACAUUUGUAAGAGUGGAUCGACGUGUUCAUCGAAACCGAAAGGGGGGUUUGUUUGUGAAGAUUGCACUUUAUCGACGGAUUUAGAGCAUUACACCACACUUUGCGAAUUAAAAAGUCGCUCGUUUAUUAAACAAUCAUUUUUAACAUUUCCAAGUUUAAAACAACGACAUCGAUUACAUUUAGAAUUAAAUUUCGCCACUCAUUCUCGAAACGGAUUAUUACUUUACAACGGAAGAUACAAUGAACAACACGAUUUUAUCUCGUUAGAAAUAGUCGAUGAAAAGGUUCAAUUUAGUUUUUCACUUGGCAAUACGGUCACUAAAGCUUCCGCUUCAAUACCCGGGGGCGUUUCCGAUGGGGAAUGGCACUCGGUUGCUGUGCAAUAUUAUAACAAAUCAAUUACGAUUUCUUUGGAUGGUUGCGACACCGCUUUGGCGUUAAAAUAUGGAAAAGAAUUAGGUGGGAAAUGGAAUUGCGCCGGAUUUGCAAAACACGAAUUGGAACCGCGUUGCGCCUCAUUAACCGAAACUUGUCAUCGCUUCCUAGAUUUAACCGGCCCGUUACAAUUAGGUGGAUUACCCGAACUGCAAGAAGCUUUUCAACCAAAAAAUCACCACUACGAAGGUUGCAUCUCAAACUUUAAAAUCGAUUACAAAUUUAUUGAUCUCAACAGUUUCGUCGCCGACAACGGAACAAUCGCUGGAUGUCCGGAAAAAAAAUCUUUCUGCCAAUCGAAACCUUGCAAAAACGGCGGGAUUUGCACGAAUAAAUGGUCGAUGUAUCAUUGCGAUUGCCCCGAAGGGUUUGGAGGGAAAGAUUGUGGCGAAUCGAUUAAUUUGCCGUGGAAAUUUAGCGGCGAUGGGACCCUCUCGUUUAACCCAUCAUUAAGGCCGAUUCAAUUACCUUGGUUAAACGCUUUAAGCGUUCGUACGAUUCACGAAGAUACAUUUUUAAUGUCGAUUCAUAUCGGGCAAAAUAGCUCGGCCGUUAUUAGUUUAAAAAAUUCUUUAUUAUUAUAUACUUAUAACGGCGAAAAUUUAAUUUUAAAUUCGCGUCCUUUAUCAACCGGAAAAUGGAACCACCUAGAAAUAACUUGGUUUGGAACCGAAGUGAAACUCUCGGUUAAUUACGGCGAAUAUUCCACAACAUUUCCGUUUGCGCAAAAAAUACAGAGUUUAUACAUAGGGAAAAUUUUAAUCGGAGGCCCCGAUUCGACUUAUAACAGUUUAAACGCGGGAUAUAAUUAUUUUGAGGGUUGUAUACAAGACGUAAAAAUCGGAAAUCAACAAACAUCCUCAAAUAGACCUACAGUGCGUGAAAACGUUGAGGAUGGGUGUUCAUCAAACGGCGAAUGUCGUUCCGAUUGCCCCGAAACAUCCACUUGCGAAAUGUUAGAAUCGGAUUCUUUUCGUUGCAAAUGCAACGAUGGUCAUGUAGGACCUUUAUGUACCCCGGUUUGCGAUGUUUCUCCCUGCGAAAAUUUCGCAGCCUGCAUCCCAGAUUAUUCAUCACAUAAAGGCUACGUUUGUCGAUGCAACUCCACCGAAUAUUCCGGCGAAUAUUGCGAAAAUAAAGUAGCCCAACCUUGCCCAUCAAGUUGGUGGGGAUUCCCCGUUUGCGGACCGUGUCAUUGCGACAUCGCAGCCGGUUAUAACCCGGAUUGCGAUAAAAACACCGGGUUAUGUCAUUGCAGAGAAAAUCAUUAUCAACCAAAAUCAACAACAAAAUGUAUUCCGUGUGAUUGUUAUUUGACCGGAAGUUACAGCGCUCAAUGUAACACAGAAUCCGGUCAAUGCCGAUGUAGAGAUGGUGUUAUUGGAAGAAAAUGCGAUUCUUGCCCAAAUCCUUACGCUGAGAUUACACUAAAAGGUUGCGAAGUUGUUUAUGAUGGUUGCCCAAGAAGUUCUUCGAGCGGGAUUUGGUGGCCGAGAACAAAUUUCGGGGAGGAAGCCCUCGAAAAUUGUCCGAAAGGAUCAUUCGGAAAAGCAUCAAGAUCUUGCGAUAACCAAUUAGGAGGUUGGCAAUUACCGAAUUUAUUUAAUUGUACCUCCGAGAAAUUCGUGGAAUUACGCACCCAAUUAUCGUUAAUAGAACAAGAUCAAUUACAAUUAAAUUCUUUCGUUUCAAUAAAACUAUCCAGCGAUUUACACAAAGCAACCAAUUUAACGUUAGAUUUAUACGGAGCCGACGUUUUAGUAACAUAUGAUUUAAUCAAAAAAUUAUUAAAAGAAGAAUUAAACGCGACCGGUUUAAAUUUAACUCACAGCCAAGAUAAAGAUUUCAUACACAAUUUGGUUCAAUCGUCCAGCGUUAUUUUAGACUUAAAAUAUUUAGAUCAUUGGGCGAAAAUCAAAGAGUUAAACGGAGAAAGCACCGAAAAUUUAAUCGGAUUAAUGGAGAAAUACAUAAACAUCCUCGCUAAAAAUCAACACGAUACUUAUACAAAUCCGUUUGAAAUUGUCGCGCCUAACAUGGUUUUAGGUUUAGAUAUAAUCACUCCGGAAUCGCUUUAUGGGUACGAACCGGAUUCUUUAUUAUACCCAUUUCCGGGCGAAUACACCACUGAGAAGAUCGUUUUACCUGAUACAUCGCAAUUUUUAAAAAAUGAAGUACAAUCCGUAGGACCAUUAGUUUCAUUUCCAAAGUACAAUAAUUAUCUUAAAGAUCGAACCAAAUUCGAUCAAUAUUCUAAGAUUUUAGUGCCUUUGAAGUUGCUGGGAAUUCGUCCAAUUGAGCACGGCGAAUUAUUAACUAAACAUAGUUUAUCCGAUCAUGGCGCUGUGGUUAGUUAUGCUGAAUAUAAACAAGCCGGGGCUUUAUUUCCGGUUGUUUACCACGAAUCGGUAAUUACAAGAUGGGGUGUUGAUAUCACGAUUGGAUCGCCAUUAAUUUCCUUUAGCAUUUAUGUCCCGGAAUACAUAGAUCCGAUUAUUAAAAAUAAUAGUAAUAUUAAUCAAAAAUUCGAUGAUUUUCAAAAUUUAGAUAGCGAUAAUAUAAAUAACGAACAAUCGGAUAAAUUAAUCGGACCAAACUCGGAAAAGGACCUCUAUAUGAUAACCGAUUCUGAUCGAAAUCUUAGAUUCCGAAGGGAAUUAAAUCAUAUUAAAGAAAAUCAAAAACUUUUUUACAAACGUUUAUCAGAUUUACCAUUUAAUUUACCAAUACGUUUACAAAUUUGGUUAGAUUCCGAUAUAACCGUAUUUAACGAACGCUCAAAUCCCCAAUGCGUACAUUGGACCGACGCCCGAGGAUUCGGCGAAUGGACAAGAGUUGGAUGUCGAACGGAAAUUGGUGAAAAUUGGUAUGAAGAAUCCGAAAAUAAACCGUUAGUUGUAAAUUGUACGUGUAAUCACCUAUCAACGGUAGCCGUUUUGGUUGAUAUCGUCGAUUUGGAGUACAUCCCCGAACCAUCAAUGCUGGAAAAUAUUUCAAGUUAUAGCAGCUUUUCAAUUUCUUUGCCGUUAUUGUUAGCUGCUUAUAUCAUUUUGGCUAUUCUACGCGGAACUCAAACGAAUUCAAACGCCGUACGAAAAAAUUUGGUUCUUUGUGUGUUUUUAGCGGAGUUAUUAUAUUUCAUUGCUUUAAAAGCGAAGAAACCAAUGGUGGGAAAUGAGCUUAUUUGCAAAUUAGUCGCAAUGGGCCUUCAUUAUUUAUGGAUGGCCGCUUUCGCUUGGAUGUUAGUCGACGCCCUACACCUUUAUCGGAUGCUCACCGAAAUGAGAGAUAUUAAUCACGGCCCGAUGCGUUUCUAUUAUUGCGUUGGAUACGUUUUACCAGCUAUUAUCGUCAGUUUAGCUGUCGGUGUUCGAGCACAUCAAUAUGGAACUUACUUUUUUUGUUGGGUUUCACUUCAUGAAAGCGUCGUUUGGAGUUUAGUCGGCCCCAUUUGUCUCAUGGUUUUCAUUAAUUUAGGCGUUUUAGUCUUUGCCAUUAAAGCCGCAUUUACGUUACAAGAUCACGUUAUGGGAUUCACAAAUAUACGUGGACUUUUAUGGGUGUCGGUGAUAGCUUUACCUUUAUUAGGAGCAUCGUGGAUUUUAGCCUUAUUAUCCGCAUCUGAAAAACAUCCCUUAUUAACACCUUUUCUAUCAUUGGCGGUAUUUUUACACGCCGCUUUCUCUUUGGGCGGUUAUUGCUUCGCGAACGGCCGUGUUCGUCAAAAUUUGCUUCGACUAAUACUGACUUGUAUGGGUAAAAAAGUACCAUUACUCGAAACUGGAUCGAUAGCUGGAGUACCAAGUACGAGUUCUCAAAAUUUAAAUGCGCAAUCUCGCUCGGCUUUAGCCUAUCAUAGUACUGGCUUGGACGUUGUUGGUGGAAAUCGUCGAAAUGUGGGUAUUUCAACGUCUUCGACCACAUCACGAUCAACGACGAAGACGAGUUCAAGUCCCUAUAGGAGUGACACUCAUUUAAGACACACUUCAACGAGUACCUCAAAUUAUAAUUCAACGAGUGAUGUUCCGAGUUAUAUGCGUGGAUUUGAACAAGAAUCUCAAUUGCAGCGAAGGCGCGGUGGUGGAGGGGAUAAUCAUCAAGAGGAAUCUCGUAGAACUAGAACGCGUAAUGAGUCCGAUUCGGAUUCUGAUGGAUCUGAGGGUCGUAGUUUGGAUUUAGCAUCGAGUCAUUCAUCGGAUGAUGAUGAGUCAUCAAGUACCCGACGGCGCGAACGACCAUCGAGAAAUGCAGCACCUCGCCAGGGGUAUUUACCGAAUAUUACAGAACAUGUUGCUUCGAGAUGCGGAACUCCACCUGCUUUAAAUAUUGUAACAAAUUCUCAACUAUUUCCAGCGGUGCAACCCAUGAUUUAUGCACCAAGGUGGUCGAGUCAACUGCCGGAAUCUUAUCUUCCAAAUACAAAUAAUGUUCAAGAAGUAGGAAGGUGGUCAGCGGAAACUGGUUCGGAUAACGAGUUUUGCCAUAAAAAUAAUUCCCCAAAUCCGUUACCGAAUCCUGAUGUAACUCCUGAUACUUGCUUGCCACCGUUGCAAAGCGAACAGUACAUGGUUAGGACGACACAGCAAUAUGAAGCUCAGUACAUUUCAAAUUUACAAAAUAAAAAUGAUUACGGGUUAGAAAAGAGGAUGCCGUCUCAUGAUAAUUUAAAUUAUCAGGAGUACUCUGAAAGGGUUUCUGAUAAUGAUGAGAAACAUCACGAUAAAUAUCAUUUUCCUUAUACGGCGGAAGAAGAUCAUGUUUCAACCCAUAAUAAUUACGUUCAUACACCAUCAAGUCGUAUGAUGUCACCGAUUAUUAAUGAUGUAAAUAAUCCAGGAUUAGAUUACCAUCAUAGUUCAGCGAUGGGGUUGCGAAUGAGUUCAAGAGUUGGUUCAGCUUUGGGUUCAUUUCAUGGUUCCAUUUGUGGCAGCAUUCGAGGUUCUCCUUCACCAUUAAUGCCACCAGUUUCUAUGAUGCAUACAGCUCAUCAUCCAGAUUCAACACAAAUUGAUUUAGGAAAGAAGAUACGAAUGAAGAAACGUCUGUAUAAUACUCAAAGAAAUGCUAAAGUAAUUGAAGAAAUUGUACAAAAAGAAUACAUCCCGCUUGAUGAAUUUAUUUAAACAAACCGCUAUUUUAGAUAAACUAUUAUAUUAUAUUAAUAGAUGUAAGUAUAAAAAGAUACCUAUCAUAUACUCUUUAUAUAGAGGGGAUAAUCUUAAGAUGAACGUAUUUUGCUAAUUGUAAUUACGAGAAUCAGUCCAAAAUCCGAAUGAAUUUAUUCCUCGAGAUAUAAAAAUAAAAUAUUCCUUAUUAAUUAAGUACUUAAUUAAAAUUAAUGUAUAUUGUCAAAAAAACAUUGCCAUAGUACUUAAAUUGUUUAAUUGUAGUGAUUUUAUGAUAUUAUUUUAAGAGUAUUAUUUUUUUUUUAGUGAUGUAAACUCAAAAGACUUUUUUAUAUAUAUUUUUUUUACUUAAAAUGCUCACUUAAGUUGAUAUAUUUGUAGUAAUAAAUCAUUAUUUUUGUACAUACAAAUGCACUUUAAAGUUAAGUAAUUAGAGCGAGACUUUAGAAGCAGAUUAAAAAAUCAAAUACUAAAUAGAGAAAGCAGGAGAUAUUUUAAUUAAAAAAGAAACUUAUGAGAUGAUGUGAUAGAAACCAGGAAAAACCAGAAUUAAAAAUGAAAACGUUGCGAAUUGAUGAAAUAUAAACCCCCAAAAAUAAUAAAACCAACACAAAAACGAAGUUAGAAAGUAAUUUAAAAAUAUAUAUCAAUCCAAAAAUGAUAUUCGAUGCACAUAUUUAUCUGGGUAUUAAAAAUAAGCUCAAUACAUCUUUAUUAUUAAACAAAGAAGUUUUAAAAAAGAAGCAUAUAUGACAAUAUAUUAAGCAUUUAUGUAUUGUGUAUUAAAGAUCUAAAAUAUACAAGAAUUACAAUCUAUAUUAUGUAAUAAGAAACGUAGGGUUUGCAUAAAAAUAAUAAAAAUCGACGCAAUCCCUUCAUAUCCAUACAAAUAUAAAUACAAUCAAAAUUUCAUUAAAUGGAAUUUCUAAUGGAACUGCUUCGACCUCUCUAAGUAAUAAUAAUUGUGGUAUUUUUUUUAGUGUACAUAGGACUUAAUUAGUUUUUACAAAGAGACGUAGGUUUGUUUAGCGACAGUGCGUUAGUUUUUUAUAGAACCCAGUGCCUAAAAAUGAAAAAUAGAAGACGGAAACAAUGCUUCUUUUUCGAUUUAUUUUCGUAUACGACUCCUUUUAACAACACUUUUAUAAAUUAGAUCUCAUUUUUAUAAUAACUUUACAUAUCUUGUUUCAAUUACAUUUUUUUAAGGUUACGACGUACUAUCUUUCCGACUGUGCAAUGAACAUUCCUUGUUUUAUAUAUAAUUUUUUUUAUAUUGUGAUUUUUUUUAAUAAAUAUUUAUAUACCCAUA